AUGCCAAAGUAUCGCAAUAAAAAAACUACACUUGCUACCUCCUCUCCCAUAUUUACUUCAAUAUCAUCAAUUUUAAAUGAUUUUAAACCCUCAUUUCCUCCAAAAGUAACGAUAGAUGAGUUAAUUUUAAAAUCACUUAACAACUCUGAUUCUAAAUAUAAUAGAACUCCCAAUCCAUUUAUUAUCUAUCGAAAAGUUUUUAAUCGUGAAAUAUCACAAUUGAAGCUAGAUUUGUCUUUAAAAGAAGUUUCGGCGAAAGCUAGUGAAAGCUGGCGUAAAGAAACUGAGCACGUUAAAAAUGCUUAUAGGAAACUCGCUGAAGAUGCAAAAAUUCUUUUUAAAAAUGUUGCACCUUUGUGCGUCGUUUCUGAUAAACAUUAUGAUAUGAAUAAUAUGAAUAAAGACAAUUCUAAUGAAGGUUUAAGAAUUCUAUAUUUCGAUCCAAAUCGCGUCGACAACAACGAUGACCAGAAAACAAAUAUAGAAAAAGGAAUCAAUAACUAUGAUUUGGCCUCAAUAUCCGAUACAAAUAUCGACGCAAUGUUAGGAGUAGAUACUUUUAAUUUUGUGCCUACUCCAAUCAAUGGCACACAAUCUACAUCAUUUACUACGGAUUAUGAUUCUUCGAAAUUUGAACACAAUAGAAGUCCAAGUCUUGAAUCGGAAUCUUCUAUUCCAUUAACACUGGAAAAUGGAAAUUAUUCAAGUUUACCUCAUCAACCUUUAUUGGAUUCUCCAAACGAUUUAU